AUGGAUAGUUCAUCGCUGCAGAGCUUGCUGACCUUGUUGUCAACAGUAAUCUUCCCUAUUUUAAUCUUUAGCUCAUUAAUAUCUAUCUCUGUUCAAUCAUGAUUCCUUGCAUGAAUAGGUCUAGAAAUUAACCUAAUUUGUUUUAUUAGAUUAAUCUCUGACUUUUCAACUAAUGCAGAAACUAAUAUUAAAUAUUUUAUUAUUCAAUCAUUUAGAUCUGCUCUAUUUCUUUUUUCUUCAUCAAUUCUUAUUAUUAAUCAUUCAAUUUUAUUUGUUAUAUUAUUAAAUAUUUCUCUAUUAAUUAAACUAGGAAUAGUUCCUUUCCACUUUUGAUACCCCUUAGUUAUAAUUAAAUUAAGUUGAUCUAACUGUAUAAUUCUAUCAACAUGACAAAAAAUUUCUCCCCUUCUUCUUAUAUCUUAUUUUACUAUAUUUGAACUUAUUAUUUUUGUUAUUGUAAUUUCAUCUUUAGUUAGAAGAAUCUUAGGUUUAAAUCAAAUCUCCUUAAAAAAAAUUAUAGCCUUCUCAUCAAUUAGUCACUUUAGAUGAAUUCUAAUAAAUAUAUUAAUUAAUGAAAACAACAUAUACUUUUAUACUAUUAUUUAUUUUUUACUAACAAUCAGAGUAAUAAACGUAUUCUUAAAUAUAAAUACAUCCUUCAUUUAUCAAACUAACUCAUUUUUAAGUAAUAAAAAUUAUAUAUUUAAUUUAUCAUUCUCUAUAAUAAUUCUUUCAUUAAGAGGAAUGCCUCCCCUAUUAGGAUUUAUCCCUAAACUCUCUACAAUUUUAAUUUUAACCAAUCAUAGUUACAUAUUCAUAUCCCUAAUUUUAUGUUUAUCAUCAUUAUUAAAUCUAUUUUUUUAUAUACGAGUUAUUUAUUCAAUCAUUAUUAUAUAUUCAUGUAACUCCAAAAUAUUUCCAUAUAUAUAUAAUUUUUCAUCCCCCCCUAAUAUAACUUUAACCAUAUUUACAAUAUUAACAUUAAAUUUUAUUCUUAUCCCAAUNCAAUUGUUCCAUCACUUAAUUUAUCAAAUCCCUCUUUACCUAUAAUCAACACCAUUAUUAUUAUCUUAACAAUUCUUAUAUGAGGACUUUUAGCUGAAUGAAAAGAAGGAACUUUAGGAUGAGUAAAAUAAAUUAA